AGCACUUGAGCAUGUCCCAGGCUGAAGAUGGACAAAACCCAACAGAUUCCUUCCACUGUCGGCUGCGAGAGUGUCGUAGUCAUGGAAAGAUACCUGGCCGAAUCCCAGGAGUCCGUGUCCCAUGUUCAGCUGGCUUGCAGCAUGCCAUACUGUGCCUUCCCUUUAGAUGGAAAUCAACUCUGCGUGUGGAACACUGGGGCUCCACACCUGCCUCUAGUCUUACAAGGACAUCAUUGGCCAAUUACUGCUGUGGCUUUUGGAAAUAAGGUGAAUCCACUUCUAAUCUGCUCUGCAUCACAGGACUGUGUUAUAACGUGGAAUCUGGACAAAUGCAGAGAGAAGAUGCUUCAAGGGCUGGCUCCUCGGGGGACUAUUGUGGGCACCCUUCUGGGAUUGGUGCUGUGUGUGAGGUUUGGCCUGGACGAUCGUGCUGUUGCAGUAUGUGCUGGACACAAAGUCUUCAUGCUGGAUGUGGAGGUAAGAUGGCCAUGUAUGGGAGCUGUGGAGUGCAUAGAAAUGUCUGUUUGUCCAAAGGUCUGGGAUCAUUGUAUGGGAUCGUUAAUAUACAGCUCAUCCAUUUUAACAGCUUAUCCACUCUUGAGUCUGCUCAUUCAUGAGGAAAACAAGCAGCUUGUCACUGGCUGCGCUGAUGGCCAGCUUUGGAUCUUCAGUUUGAUUGAGGGCCACCACUACCGCUGUGUGGCAAGUGUAGACCUACGGAAGCAAAUGGAGACCUUCUCAUCCAAAAGGGUGAAGUCUGGGCUGCCCAGACUGCCAGUUUCCAUGAGGGGCAAAAAGGGAGGAUGUGAGCUCAUUCUUUCUUUUAAAAUUAGUCUCUCUUCUGAGAGCUGCAAAUGCCUGUGGAUUGGAAGCUCAGCUGGCUUAUUCAUAUUUAACUUGGCGAACUUCAACUUGGAAGCAGUUUUGCGUUUCAAGGAUUUCCGGAAUCUGAGCAUCCACAUUGCCGGAUCCUGUGCAGUGACGAGUGACAGCAUCAAUGACAAGGCACUUUGCAUACUCACGUCUAUGUUUGAGAGUAAGAUUGCCGUGUUGGACAUCAGCUUGGCUGCCCUGGUGAAGUCUCAGCAGUGCCCUGGUAUGGGGAGGACGCUGUCUGUGCUGGCCAGGUCCUGCGUCCUACCAACUUCUCCACUGUAUUUUGGAAUUGCCAAGGAAAAAUGUCCCAAGCCUGCUAAUGAAAAGCAAUCUGCUGGGCAGAGAGUGGUAGAAGACCAGCCCCUGGUUUUCCACACUAAAGUUAGGUCAUCUGGUUAUACAUCAGCUCCGUGUGUAACUAGGUUUUCACCAAAGGCUAACAUCAAGCUCAAUGGUAAAAGAUCUUUAAAAUGCAAGAACAGUUAUAAACGUGAAGAAUACCCUUUGGAGGAUUCUCCACCCAGCAAACUUGGCAUGCAGGUCGCGGUGGCCCAGGAGCCGGUUGCUGUGAGUUGUGUUCAGUGCUCAGGAGAUGGAAAGCGGUUGGCCUGUGGCUUAGCUAACCAUCUCGCCCUGGUCUUUGAUGCCAGCCUUACAGGAAGCCCUGCUGUUCUUUCAGGUCAUGAUGGAGCUGUGAGCACUGUCUGCUGGAGCCAUGACAGGAGGUGGCUGCUCUCUGUGGCCCAGGACCGUACUGUGAGGGUGUGGUCAACUCGCAGGGCAGAUACCAUGCUGCUUCUGGGCAGAGACAUGUUUCCCAAGCCUGUUCAGUCUGCGCAGUUCUACUACGUGGAUGCUUUCAGACUGUUGUCUUCAGGCCCUGAAUUUCGGCUCCCGAAGUAUCAGUUCGACCUCUGCAAAGAUGAGGUAAAAAGGUAUAAACCGAAGAGUAGGUAUAAGCUCGUGUACAGGCUCUCUACACCAGGCGCAGCAGAUGUGACCAGCUUAUCAGCAGUGAAUGACUUCUACUCCCACAUGGUGCUCACAGCUGCCCGGGACAGGACCCUGGAAGUUUUCGACCUCAAUGCCAGCUGCAGUGCUGCAGUGAUAGCAGAAGCCCACACACGGCCUGUCCAUCAAAUUUGUCAAAAUAAAGGAUCGCCAUUUACAACCCAGCCUUCCCAGGCAUAUAAUCUCUUCCUGACCACAGCCAUUGGUGAUGGGGUCGGACUGUGUGAUAUGAGAACCCUGAGGUGUGAGCGCCGUUUCCAAGGGCAUCCAAACCGUUGCUACCCAUGUGGAAUUGCGUUCAGUCCAUGCGGACGGUUCUUGGCCUGCGGUGCGGAGGACAGACACGUGUACAUUUACCACACGGGGUCCAGCACUUUUUCCCACCGGCUGGCAGGACACACAGACACCAUUGCUGCAGUGGCCUUCAACCCGUCAGCCCCCCAGAUACAGUCGUCUGCAGCACGUUUUCCAGGUGAGAUGAAGGUGGUCAAGAAGGGAGGAGUUAAUGGAGCAGAGCGGAGUCCGCAGCUCGGUGAGCAGCAGGGGCAGUCUGGGGAGCCUGGCCCUGGCCCACACCUCGAGAACCAAAAGCUGGUCAGACCAGAGAUGCAGCAGUACAUCGGGACGGAAAGUGAGAAAAGAGACCCUGACCUAAGACAGGUGCACAACAGCCCACUCAUCCCCAUGGGCAGGAACUGGGCAG